AUGUCCGCAGAAAUUGAGGAGAAGCUCGAAUCCAUGGAGAUUCAGGACGACGAUCUUGUCUUUGACCUCACCAUGAAGAAGAAGAAGAAAAAGUCCAAGAAGACCGAGGAGGAGCCCGUUGAGGAGGCUGUCGCCGAAUCCCAAGAGGCCGCACCUGCUGCAGAUGCCGCUGAGGAGGAUCCUAUGGCCAUGUUUGGCGAGAAGAAGAAGAAAAAGAAGAAGGUCAAGGUCGAGGAUGAAGCCGCUGCAGAGGGUGGCGAGGAGGCAGCUGCUGACGCCGGCGAGUCAUUCGACUUCGGCGACAUGAAGAAGAAGAAGAAGAAGUCUAAGAAGGUCGACUUCUCUGCUUUCGAGGAUGGCCAGGAUCAGGAGGGUGAUGACGCUGCUCGCGACCCCGACGAUAUCUUUGCUGCCGAAGAUGAGGAGGGCGCUACUCGCUCCAGCUCCAAGACUGGUGCUGAAGCUGAGGAGGGCUGGAUCGGAUCCAACCGCGACUACACAUACACCGAGCUUUUGUCCCGCGUUUUCAAGAUUCUCCGUCAGAACAACCCCGAGCUUGCUGGUGAGAAGAAGCGUUACACCAUUGUUCCUCCCUCGGUUAUGCGUGAUGGUAACAAGAAGACUGUCUUUGCCAACGUUGCCGAUAUCUGCAAGAGGAUGCAUCGUCAGCCCGAGCACGUUAUUCAGUUCUUGUUUGCCGAGUUGGGAACCUCUGGAUCCAUCGAUGGAUCCCAGCGCCUGGUCAUCAAGGGCCGUUUCCAGCAGAAGCAAAUCGAGGCCGUCUUGCGUCGUUACAUUGUCGAGUACGUUACCUGCAAGACCUGCAAAUCCCCCGAUACUAUUCUCACCAAGGAGAACCGUCUGUUCUUCUUGCAGUGCGAGGCCUGCGGUUCCACAAGAUCCGUCUCGGCCAUCAAGUCUGGUUUCCAGGCCCAGACUGGCAAGCGUGCCGCUCAGCGUGUCAAAGCUGCCGCUGUAAGUUUCUUCUCUGGUUUUUGCUGUCGAUAUGUUUGUAACAUGCCUCAUUGUCAUCCCAUUGCAAUGUACUCACUCCACUUGUGGUUUUUAUCUCUUGAUCUGUACAGUAAACGCCCGAACCCAGUAUGGCGCGGAGGUCGUGGAGAGGAGAAGAGUUGUUUCAAUAAUAAAUCAUGCUUUUAUUUCGCAUUCUGUUUGCUUUCUUUCUUUCUUUCUUUGUAUCUUCCUCAUCUGUCCAUUAUGGGUGCUUGCGAGUCUCACAGGAACCACAUUGGAUCAAGUCCACACUUGCAGUCGUUUUGUAUUGGCAACAAUUGUGAAGCUGCGUGUGUAGACACGAACUUUCGCGUAUGGAGAACGUGA